AUGAACGUGUUCCUGGUCAUGAACGUGUUCCUGGUCAUGAACGUGUUCCUGGUCAUGAACGUGUUCCUGGUCAUGAACGUGUUCCUGGUCAUGAACGUGUUCCUGGUCAUGAACGUGUUCCUGGUCAUGAACGUGUUCCUGGUCAUGAACGUGUUCCUGGUCAUGAACGUGUUCCUGGUCAUGAACGUGUUCCUGGUCAUGAACGUGUUCCUGGUCAUGAACGUGUUCCUGGUCAUGAACGUGUUCCUGGUCAUGAACGUGUUCCUGGUCAUGAACGUGUUCCUGGUCAUGAACGUGUUCCUGGUCAUGAACGUGUUCCUGGUCAUGAACGUGUUCCUGGUCAUGAACGUGUUCCUGGUCAUGAACGUGUUCCUGGUCAUGAACGUGUUCCUGGUCAUGAACGUGUUCCUGGUCAUGAACGUGUUCCUGGUCAUGAACGUGUUCCUGGUCAUGAACGUGUUCCUGGUCAUGAACGUGUUCCUGGUCAUGAACGUGUUCCUGGUCAUGAACGUGUUCCUGGUCAUGAACGUGUUCCUGGUCAUGAACGUGUUCCUGGUCAUGAACGUGUUCCUGGUCAUGAACGUGUUCCUGGUCAUGAACGUGUUCCUGGUCAUGAACGUGUUCCUGGUCAUGAACGUGUUCCUGGUCAUGAACGUGUUCCUGGUCAUGAACGUGUUCCUGGUCAUGAACGUGUUCCUGGUCAUGAACGUGUUCCUGGUCAUGAACGUGUUCCUGGUCAUGAACGUGUUCCUGGUCAUGAACGUGUUCCUGGUCAUGAACGUGUUCCUGGUCAUGAACGUGUUCCUGGUCAUGAACGUGUUCCUGGUCAUGAACGUGUUCCUGGUCAUGAACGUGUUCCUGGUCAUGAACGUGUUCCUGGUCAUGAACGUGUUCCUGGUCAUGAACGUGUUCCUGGUCAUGAACGUGUUCCUGGUCAUGAACGUGUUCCUGGUCAUGAACGUGUUCCUGGUCAUGAACGUGUUCCUGGUCAUGAACGUGUUCCUGGUCAUGAACGUGUUCCUGGUCAUGAACGUGUUCCUGGUCAUGAACGUGUUCCUGGUCAUGAACGUGUUCCUGGUCAUGAACGUGUUCCUGGUCAUGAACGUGUUCCUGGUCAUGAACGUGUUCCUGGUCAUGAACGUGUUCCUGGUCAUGAACGUGUUCCUGGUCAUGAACGUGUUCCUGGUCAUGAACGUGUUCCUGGUCAUGAACGUGUUCCUGGUCAUGAACGUGUUCCUGGUCAUGAACGUGUUCCUGGUCAUGAACGUGUUCCUGGUCAUGAACGUGUUCCUGGUCAUGAACGUGUUCCUGGUCAUGAACGUGUUCCUGGUCAUGAACGUGUUCCUGGUCAUGAACGUGUUCCUGGUCAUGAACGUGUUCCUGGUCAUGAACGUGUUCCUGGUCAUGAACGUGUUCCUGGUCAUGAACGUGUUCCUGGUCAUGAACGUGUUCCUGGUCAUGAACGUGUUCCUGGUCAUGAACGUGUUCCUGGUCAUGAACGUGUUCCUGGUCAUGAACGUGUUCCUGGUCAUGAACGUGUUCCUGGUCAUGAACGUGUUCCUGGUCAUGAACGUGUUCCUGGUCAUGAACGUGUUCCUGGUCAUGAACGUGUUCCUGGUCAUGAACGUGUUCCUGGUCAUGAACGUGUUCCUGGUCAUGAACGUGUUCCUGGUCAUGAACGUGUUCCUGGUCAUGAACGUGUUCCUGGUCAUGAACGUGUUCCUGGUCAUGAACGUGUUCCUGGUCAUGAACGUGUUCCUGGUCAUGAACGUGUUCCUGGUCAUGAACGUGUUCCUGGUCAUGAACGUGUUCCUGCUGCAGCUCGCCUAG